AAAUUUUUAUAUAAAACAAAACAAAUAAUAUUUUAUUGGUUAUAACAUUUUAUGUUGAUAUUUUUAGUAAAAGUAAAAACAUUAAACUGAAAUAUAACAUAUUGAAUAAAAUAAUAUUUUAAAAUAUAAAAAAAAAAAUUUAAUUUAUUCACAUAAAAACAUUUCGAGAAUAAAAAUUUCUAAACAAAGAAGCUAAUAAUUUUUUUUAUUAAUUCAUCUAAACUAAUGUUGAUUAAUAUUGAUGUUGCAUUGUAAAUAAAAAAAAAAUACUUCAUUAAUAUAUGAUUUGUACAAUAUCAUCAAACAAAUUUCAACAAAUAUAAAAUUUUAAAAUAAAAAUUAUAUACAUAAAAUUGAUAUUAGAUAUAUCUCUUUGUAACAUAUUUUAUAUUUAAAAUAUUAAUUUAAAAAUAUAAAUAUAUCUGCACGGAUGUGCGGGUUAAAAUCUAGUUAUGCAUUAAAUAAUUACGGUUUUAGUUAACAAACGAUAAAAACUAAUGGGAUUUUGUGUGUUAUAAGAUAAACUCAAAUGUUCUUUUAAUAUCAACUUCAAGACAAUUUUUUCAAGAAGCUUUUUCCACACAAAAAAAAAACACACAUAAAAAGGUCCAGUUAUGUAUAUCUAAAUAUUGUUUCAUUUAGAUGUUUGAUAUAGUCUAAAAUAGUUAGAAUUGUGUAACUGCUCUUAUCUGUUUUUCCCGAUAAGCAUUUCAACAAACUCAUCAUAUGAAUACAGUUCAACAAGCUGGCUGGUUAGUGUUUGCUUGCUGGGCCAGCUUUCCAAAAUAUAGUUUGUCCCCUUUUCAUGUCUUCGUUAAUUUAAUUUCAUAGGAUCUAAUUAUAUCGUCAUGAUUUAAUACAUGGAGAUAAUUUAUGGAAAAUGUGUGGUUCACAGAAGGCUGAGCUUUUAAUAUUACAAAUCGUCUCGGGUUGCAAAGUCAAACAUAUUAAUCAAAUCGUUUGAAAACGAAUAUAUUUCGUAAAACGCUAAUUAUCUAUCUUGCGGUCCCAUGUUAGUAUGAUAUGAUGGCACUAUAAAACUUGAUAUUAGAAAAUAACAACCGUAGAUGUAUUAUUAGUGUAUGAUUUAUCAAUUGCUGCAACUAAGUAGGAGGCGAGCAAUCUGGUUGUCACCUGCCGUCCAAGUCUCUUAGUAACUGGUGACAGAUUUUCUCGAAAGCAUCUUGGUUUUUAUUUGGGGGCAGAAACUAAAAGUAUACUAAAGCACAAACUACGCUUCUUGUUAACGCCACUCAUGUUUAUAACAGUGUACUUUAAUGUAGCUUCUAAUGAAUUUUCAUAUUUUUGAUGUUAAGGUUAACGUAUAAUUACUUUUUAUUUUAUUUUUUGAUAACCGUAGAGAUCCGGCAACCGAAGUCAACCGACUAAUUUCACGAGAUCCGCAGCAUCCACGUAUUCUUAUCAUUUAAGCCAGCCCAGAUGACCAGCGGAAUUCGAACCCUGGUCCGUAUUGGGGUCAAAGCUCUCUCAAGACCACUGGCCGUCCUUGCUGGUUAACGUAUAAUUACUAAACAAAUAUGUCAAUAUUUACCAACACCGUUGGUGUAUAUUUGAAAUAUUCUCCAACAUAUACUCACAGAGUUUCACAGUCCUCACAAAUAGGUUUUUUCACCAAAAUUCCAUGUGGCAUUUUCAGCUAAGAAAGUUUUUCAUAAAUGAUUCUAAAACCAAGAAUUUUUUUUCCGAGUGAAUGUAAAAUUUAUUCAAACAAAAAAUAUUUUUUUAUAUCAAGUGCUUCUAUGAUUUUGGUUCUUUAAAAGAAUCAAAGAAUAUAAAGAAAAAAAAACUUUUUAGAGUUGGUCUCUUAAGCAUCAGGUUGGAGAAGGGUUUGGCAUUCUUGUUCCAAACCAAGCACACAAACCUUCAUCCAAAUAUGUCUUGCCUUUGCCUUUCAUUAAGCAACAUUCUUGCUCGUAAACUUGUCCUCUGUAUUUGCUAGUGGCGCCAUAUGUCCAGAGAUUCUAGUAAAUCCAAGUUGUAGGUCAUGACAUCAGGAUAACUUAAAAAUCACCAAAACAUAAAACAAAGAGAAUGAGAGAUGUUUUUUUUUAUCAAAAAAAAAGAGAAUGUUGCAAUGCAUGGCUUUAGGAUGACGAUGCCAACAUGUAUGACAUUCGUUCUCUCACUACAUCUCUCUUUGUACGGACGGCAUAAAUUUCUAACAUAAAGAGAAAAAUGAAAAUAUUUUUUAAUAACGUUUGACUAAAAUAUUAAAUUGGGAAUCCAAUUAAUCAAAGGUUGGAAUCCUACAAGAUGACACAUCAUGUGCCUCUCUAAUUGAGUAGCGGGGUAGUCUAUGAAAACAAAACAACAACAAAAAUUUUAUGUUGACUUUACAUCUCACAAAAUUGUUAGUCUUGAUGCCUUAUAGCUAAAAUGAUUAUAGAACUAUAUAUGAUAAAUAAAAUAAAUUAUAUAUAAAGGUAGGCCAUUUUACAGUUUGGAUCAAGGAAUGUAGCAAAUAUAUCAUCAUCCUUUUUACUUCAGUAAUAAGUUUGCUUUUGUAAAUUGCUAUACAUACGUUAGAUGGUAGGAAUAUAGUUCUCAAUAGGAGACCAACUAGUUCAUUAAUAUAUAAACAAAGUCUAUACAAUUAUUGAAUAAAAAGGAUGUGAGAGUUGACGAAGUUGUAUCGCUUGAUAUGUCCAAAAGGCCAGGAGGGACCGGCCUAAUCUGUACUUACAAAGGACAUACGUCAUUUUUUUUUUUAAUACUCCUUUUGUUUAUAAAUUUAUAUAUGACAAAUAUCAUUUUAAUUCAUUUUAAACUUUGUUAAAGUUCAAAAAUUGUUCUUAGUAUAUAUAUAAUUGUAAUAAUAAUAAAGAGUACACAACUACGUACAAAACAUUACACAUCACCAAACAUAUGAAUCGACAAUAUUAUGUUUUCAAAUUUACUUUCAUGAUUAGUUGAUAAAAUUGAAUUUAAUAUAAAGAAAAAGUGUUAAUCAAACAAAAGGCAAACUACUAACAACUUUGUUAAUUGGCAUUAGAGAAGUCUUGUGUAGACAUUAUUGUGCUAUUUGAUGUACUAUUAAAGAUCUGUCUGGUCUAUAAUAUUAGGCUUUCAGUGUGAAUUAUCCCCACUAGUCCGUUUAGUUUUUACAUGAUCGCCGUUUAUCGUCGUAUUUUUCAUAUGAGAUAUUAAGAAAAUCCAAUCUUUGAGUUUUGCCAACUGCCAGGCUUUACUUGAAACUUGGGAAGAUCAUAAUGUUUGAUAAGUAAUUUAGCAUACUAAUCAAUUGAUUUGUCAGGUUUUUAGUGGUCUAUGUAAUCCUCAAUUUCUAUAAGUAUUAUUUUUUAAUUUAAUACUAGCAAACUUCCUUUGUUCACAUAUCUGGACACAUGACUUUUCCUUUUACUAGAUAUAAUAUUUGACAACCAAAAAUGCGAAUACAAUAUUUUAUGCGUCUAACUUGUUGGCAAUGACAAAGAACAUGAAUCCCGUUGGUAAUUUUUGUUAAUAACUUGAAACUCGUAUUAAUAUUCUCGAAUAAACCAAUUAGUAGUUUAAUCAAGAUACUAAUCACACGUCACGCCCGUACCGUGUGCCCUUUCAAUAGAAUAUUGGGAUGGUCCAGAUAAUAUAUUCAACUAAAUAUAGUUAACUACGUUUUUGUAAGUUGUAAUACGUUGUCAGUGCCACCAGGAGCCACAUAAUUGUGUUAUAAUAAAAGAAGCUGUAUUAAAAUCUUAAAUUGCCAUUUCAAAUAAUUCGGAGUAUGAUGAGUAUCUCAGUCGACUCAUGUGACUUAUUCUUUUGAUUGACGGCAUCAAUCUAUUACAGUUAGGAAUCGUCUAUAUAGAAACUAAUGCUUUGGCAUUUUAGAUUAUGUUUGCAUUUAUACAUAAUUUUCUAAACUAAUGUUGUUAAUUGUAUGAAUAUUGAUAUAUUUAUCGGUAUUUAGCUAUGUAAAACAUGAAAAAAUGUUAUGCUCAUAAACUAUUAUAUUAAAUCUUCAUAAAACAACUCUGUGUAUAUUAUAGAAGUUUUAUGGUUUUUUAUAAAAAGACAAAUAUAAAUGAAAAUUUUAUCUUCUAAUUACGCUGCUUCAUGUUUAUAUAUGAUAAGAAACAAACAUAUUGUAUAUCUACAUGUUAAAUGUGCGUAAAUGCUACAUAUGAAAUAACCAAAUACUAUCCUUAAUUAAAUUUUUGAUUUUAUAUAUAAAUGAUAUAUAUGUGAUUGACAAAAAAAUUAAUUUACCCAAAAUGCUAUCAAUAAUAGAAUAUAGAUCGACCGCCUAAUAAUUGAAUCAUUCUCUCUAAAUGCCACAAAGAUACAAGUCAUCGAGAUGAAUAUAUAAAUCAUAUAAUAGAACAAUUAUAUAUUCCUGAUUAAGAUUCACGGUCUAUAUAAAGAUGGGUAUAUGCAUAAGCAAAGUCGUGUAUCAAACUCCUUCAUUUGUUUUAUCUCCUCUCAUUUCAAAUAUAUAGAAAACCAAAAAAAAAGAGCAAAAAAAACAAAAGAAAAAAUGGGAUUUUGUUUUUGUUUAUCCUCAGGAGGAUCAACAGAUAGAAACCAGAUUUACGAGAUAAAUGAUUAUGGACAAGAAAAUGCAGUUUUAUACUCUGAACAACAUGACUUUCCCCAAGACUUUGGCUCUGUCUCGUCUUUAGCUGGAGGCAAGGGCUUCAAUCAAGAUGCUGCCAUACUCCACCUGGGAUAUGGAACUGAAGAAGGAGCGUUAUGUGGAGUGUUUGAUGGGCAUGGAGAGAAAGGUGAAUUGGUGAGCAAGAUCAUAAGAAACCAGUUGCCAUCUUUAUUGUUAGGUCAUAUGAAUAAUCAUUCAGUGACUCGAGACUGGAAACUCAUCUGCGAAACUACUUGUUUGGCCAUGGAUAAAAGAAUUCUCAAACUUAAGAACACUAUUGAUUGCUCUUCUUCCGGAACUGCUGCUGUUUUCGCCGUUAAACAUGGAAACCAAGUGAUGGUGGCAAACCUAGGAGAUUCAAGGGCUAUUAUGAUUGGAACAAGUGAGAAUGGAGAAACGGAGGUGGUUCAGUUGACCAGUGACCUAAAGCCAAGUGUCCUAAGCGAAGCGGAUAGGAUAAGGAAACGCAACGGAAGAGUCUUAGCUUUAGAGGCAGAGCCUCAUAUUCUACGAGUAUGGCUUCCACAUGAAAACCGACCAGGCCUAGCCAUGUCUAGGGCUUUUGGUGACUUUGUCCUUAAAAGCUACGGUGUCAUUGCGACUCCUGAAGUCUCUACGCAUCAAAUCACUUCUCGCGACCAGUUUCUGCUCCUUGCUUCCGAUGGGGUGUGGGACGUGCUUAGUAACGAAGAAGUGGCUAAGGUGGUGAUGAAGUCGGCGAACGAGACAGGAGCGGCCAACGCGGUGACAGAGGCGGCGGCUAACGCGUGGAGACAGAAAUAUCCAACGGCUAAGGUUGAUGAUAUAUCUGUCGUCUGUCUCUCUAUCAACAAGAGACAUGUUCCACAGCCUCGUAUAUGAUUAAACAACACACUUGCGAAAAACAAAUAACGACUAAUGAAAGAUGGAUGCCACAGAGACUUCUGUGUGUUUGCCUAUGAGUGUGACUAUAUGUGUAUAUAUCUAUCUAUAUUUACCGUUGUAUGUUAAGUCGUGUGACUAUUACUUAGAAACGAAAUUAUAGAGAUGUUAUGAGUGGUCUGUGUCGUGAGAUAGAAGCAACAAGAACUUUGACAUUUUGGACACACGUCAUGAGAAUCUAUAUAUAAUUAUUGGAGCUUACAACAUGAAUAAUUCGUUUUUUUUUUCUG